AUGUCAGAAGUGGAUGAUUUUGCGCAGUUAAUGCAACAACUUCAAGGCGCUGCUGGUCUACCGGAAAGUGCGAUAACAACACCCGCAGCUUCUUCAACACCAUCAGGAAGUGGAUUAUUGCCAAAUGGAAAGAAAACUAAAGGACGAGUUAAGAUUAAGAUGGAAUAUAUUAAUAAUAAAUUGAGAAGAUAUACGACUUUCAGUAAGAGAAAGACUGGAAUUAUGAAAAAGGUUUGUGAUUUAUUUUUUUUUGGACACAGAGGACCAAUUUAAACACUAGAUUUUUUCUCUUGAACACUAUUCAAGUUAAAAAUUUUUGCAGGCUUUCGAAUUGUCAACUUUAACGGGUACUCAAGUAAUGUUAUUAGUCGCUUCUGAAACGGGUCAUGUCUACACAUAUGCCACUGCAAAACUUCAACCAAUGAUCUCAUCCGACGCCGGCAAAUCAUUAAUUCAAGCUUGUUUGAAUGCUCCAACUUCAGAUGAUGAUGAUGUUGCUCAGCAUAGUCGAACUGAAUUCACAUUUGAUGCCGGAAACGGAACAACUGCAAAUAUGAGAAAACGAAAAAUAAUCGAUCAGACAAAUCAGUUACCAACAGUGAGUUUUUGUUUAUGGCUAUGGGAACAGAGCAGAUAUUUUAUUAUUACAACAGAAGAAGGAGCUGAGCUCAAAAACUAAAAUGGGUUUUUUCUGAGGUUUUGUUUGGUUGGCAGAAAUGAGAGUGUGUAAUAUUAUAAAAGAAAGAAAGAUACGAAAAAAGGAUCUCUUCCCUUUUCUUUUUCUCUAUUUUUGAGCACUACUGCUAUUUGAAAACGAGCACAUCCAAAAUAUGUGAGGCCGCCCGCUCGGGUUCUGUUGUAAUAUGGACUUUUUCAUCGUCGCACGAAUUACUGCAAUUAAUGAGUGUGUUUGUGUGUGUGGGAGAAUAAAUGAGAAAAAGGAAUUGAAUUGAUUUGAAUUGAAAGGGGUGAACAAUUAUAGGAAGGGGUACUGUAGUCUACAAAACUGGUUAGAAAAUUGUUGUCCGGAAACUACAGUAAUCCCCAGAGUUUCGAGAAACACAAGGUUUAUGGAAAGUGGGAAAAUCGAAUUUAAGAUUUUUAGAAGAAAACACAUGAUCAAUAAAUAUCAAAUUUCAAAAUUCAACUCCUUCCCUAUUUCCAGGUCCAAUUCCCACCAUUUCUUCCAACAAUGGUCACAUCAACCUUAUUCCAAUCAUUCAAUGAAGAUGAUUAUAAUAACGAUGACAGCGGAGAUGAUUCAGAUUCCGAAGAAGCGGCAAGUGAUAUUAUAAAAGAAGAAGAACCACAACCCGAUUCACCUGCUAAUAAAAAAGAGGAACACGAAAAUGUGGCAGCAAAUUUGCAGCAAACACUGAAAGAAGCACUUCGUGCAGCUGCCAGUAAUCGACAGCAACAACAAAAGAAAGCAAAGAUGCAAAAUACUCCAAGUAAAAAUUCGUUUGUAGCUCCGUUUUUAUUACAAGGUAUGUUUUGAUAAAAAAAUCUCACAACUUUUCCCGCAUGACACUAUCUAUCCACUUCUCCACAGGUCUAACCUCCACUUCCACUAAUAAUGGCACAGUUAUCAAACUUCCACAAGGCACUGUUUAUACAAAUUCAGAUGAUGGUAGGUUUUUGCACAUCUUCGCACUUUCGAUUUACCGUGUAAAAAGAAAAAUCGCUUAUCUCAAUAUUUGAUUUCAGGUGGAGCUAACGCGACUUCUUUAUUCGCAGCCGCUUCAAAAACCGCUGACGAUGUUCCUUCGAAUUCCUCAAAUCCAUUUUUGAAUUUCCCAAUCAAUUUACAACAACUCAUGGAAUCUGCAGCUUUAGGUGUUCAAAUUGCAAAUGCUGAAUGA